AUGGGCUUGCUAUUGGCAAGGAAUCUGUCUGGUAUGGACCGGUUUGGCCAUGUCGAGACGAACAGUUUCUGGCCAGACUCAUCAAAGGUGCACAACGCCGCCGCUUUUCUAUCUGCUCAGACGGAGCAGGAAAAGCUCGGCUCCACCGUUAAGACGUCGCGGUUUCAUUUUCUGACGCCUGCGAGCAAAUCCAACCUACAAUUCUGCUACAAUUUGGCCUCGGCGACUGCAAACAGAUACCCACCUCCAGUGCUUCUUGGCUGGAACGGUCAGGGGGAAUUCGAUGCUGCCGUCACGCAUCUCGCCAAAAUACGAGCCAUGAAAAGGUAUCUUGCCUCCUUGACUCCCGAGGAAGACGACGACUUGGUCCUGAUGGUCGAUGGCUACGACAUCAUACACCAGUUGCCAGCAGAAGUGAUGAUGGAGCGCUACUUUGACGUUGCGGCAAAGGCCACCGCUCUUCUAGCGGAGCGGUUGGGCUUGCCGGCUCACGAGGCCUCGAGAAGGAACAUCAAGCAAACCGUCUUUUUCGGCCCGGACAAGAUAUGCUGGCCGCCCGAUAAACGAGCCGCUCGGUGUUGGGCGGCGCCACCUUCAAGCUUGGGGCACGAGGCAUUUGGCCCCGAUGGAGGACCCGACGACUUCUUCUCUGCCGACCCGCGGUGGCUGAACUCGGGCACCAUCAUGGGCCCAGUCAGCGACGUGAGAAGAGUUGUGGAUGCCACGAUGGAGGAGAUUGAAGCCACGUACAACAAGACCUUUUGGCAGUCCGACUCUGAUCAGUAUUACAUGGCCAAUGUCUGGGGACGGCAAGAGUACUGGCGUAGGCGUAGUUGGAUCGUCGGCAGCCAAGGCGGAGACGCAGGCGACCAAGAAGCAGCGCAAGCGUCAGGCUGGCCCUCAUCCGCCCGCGUCAUCCCAGAGAAGAGGCGCGGCUCACAAGAAAUCGAGAUGCACAUGGCUAUCGAGUACGAGUCGUCGUUGUUCCAGACCAUGUUCGGAAACGAGCCCUUUCUCGGCCACCUCGAGUACAGCCGGGAGAACGAGACGGCCAACGUCACGAUGGACCUGCUCGGGCAAGGGGGAGCGCUCGGAUGGUACGCAAUGCAAAUGCCGCAAAACGUCCGGGCCGCCUUGAUGAAGCUCUACGAUUCCGUGUCGGGAACGCACCCUGGCGCGUCGGCAGAGGACUGGAUACGGACGGUGCCCCUGGGCACCAACCUUGUCACCAAGCACAUCUACGGGCUCUGGCACUGCACGGGCGGCAAAGAAUUCUUGGACACGGAGUACCGCAAGAUGUGGUUUUUCCCACUGGCGAGGUCUCUGGCCGGCGAAGCUGUCAAGGCCUCGCGGCGAGGGGAAGCCUUGUCGUCGAGGCUGAUAGACGGACGCAAGUGGGUUGCCAGAUGGGCGUAUCCGGGCGGCGACCAGGAUGUUGAAGACUGGCGGCACGGUGGCGCCUGGUCCGACGAAGCACCUGGCAGGUUCGUAGGAUGGACGGAGCUGUGUGGGCCUCACGAAAGCGUGCUUUUUCAAGGGCAGCGGCGGCGGCAGGGGCAGGGGCAGGAAGCGCGUGGUAAUUAA